AUGAAAAGGAAUGACCCUGAAGACAAUCCUAGAAUACCAUUAGAUAUAGAAGAAGAAAUUAAGACUGCUUUUGAAUUGUUUGAUUCAGAUGGCUCAGGUAUGAUAGAUCCUCUGCUUAUGUUGCAAACUUUCGAAAAGUUAGGACUUCAUAAAACAAAGCCUAGUAUUUAUGCUUGCAUUCAGUCUAUGUGUACUAAGGGCAAGAAUGAUGACAAGUUGAAUUAUGAUAAAUUUAUGGAGUAUACUUAUGCAUAUUACAGUGACAGAUACACUAGAGAAGGACUGAAAAAUAUAUUCCAGUUGUUUGAUGAGGAUAAUAUAGGAGUGAUUACUCGAGAAAGUUUUAGAAAAUUUGCAGCAACUAUUGAUAUAUUCUUGAAUAGAGAAGACCUUGAUGAGGUUUUUAGAAAGGCUUCCACUGACAACAAAGUUAUAUCUUAUGAGGAUUUUGAAUUUUUCAUGAAGAAAACAGAUGGGAAAUGA